UUCCUCACAACCCCCGCACACCUGUACAUCCGGCGGCCGUCGCCCACGACAGCUGAGUUCACCGUGACGACGUGCCCGCCACUCACAGUACCGCUGCGCGUGGCGCUAUUCAGCGUGCUGUGCGUGCGCGUGGCGCUGGUCGUGGGCGUGGUGCUGACGGCGUACGCGCGGCUGUCCCCCUCCCCCUCCUCAAACCCCAGCAGCCCAUCACCAUCACCACCAUCAUCAUCAUCGUCCCCCUUUUUGCCACUCUCGUCGUGGGACGCCGUGGCGCUGCUCCUGCAGCGCUGGCUCGACUGGCUGCUGGCGUCGGCGGCGGGGCAGCAGUGCGCGGCGCUUGCGGCGGCGCCGGUGCUGCGGCCGUGGUGGGCGCUGGGCGGCGUGUGCGGGGCGGCGGGGUGGGCGGCGGCGGCGCUGGGUCGGAUCCACACGACGGAGAGCCUGCUGGUUCUGCGGGGCCUGGGCAUCCAGACGGCGAGCAGCUACGGCACCGCGCAGGGCAGCCUGGGCGGCGGCGGGAGCGGCGGCAGCGCCAUGGCGACGACGCGCGAGACGCGCUUCAUCCCCACCGAGAAGAUUCGCGACGUGCUAAUCAACGAGGCCUUCCGCGGCUUCGAGGUGAGCUACUGCAUGGUCGUCGUAGUCGACGGCGAGGAGGACGUCGUGGUGGUGUUCCCGCGCCUGCUGCCGCCUCGGCGCAUCGUCGAGGCCGUGUGGCGCGGCGUCAGGGGGUGUCUGUACGAGCCCGACGGCGGCGGGAGCGGU